AAAUAAAAAAGAAAUAAAAAAGGGUCCAUAAUCUGCUUCUGUCCUUCCUCUUUCGUCUUCACGAAUUAAUCUAGGUCGCUUGUGAUUUUGCUAACAAGAUUCGCCGGCGCGUACUUACAAUCGAAUCAAUUUGAAUGGGUCGCAACGGCGUGCCGGUGUCGACGUCUUCCGCGGUGGGGUUGGCUGUAGCGGCCAUCGAGCUCACGGAAUCCUCCAGUUGGUGGCACGACGUCAAUGAUUCUCCGGUCUGGCAGGAUCGUAUCUUCCACGUUCUCGCUGCUCUUUAUGGGAUCGUAGCUGUCGUUGCUGUGGUAAUUUCAAUCCCGUCCCAACGCUUCCACGUUUGUAAUGUCAUUGCUGAGUCUUUCUGGGUUGCCGUUCGCCGUCAAUCGCUUUUUGGGCAGAUUUGAAAUUCUUUAUUGGAUAAGGGCUUU